AUGGGCCGAAAUGUCAGCUAUCUGAAAGAGGAUGAGAUCGAUAUCCGAAGACGUUAUGUGAGCGAGCUUCAGCACAUUCUGUUGACGGACACGAGUCUCUGGGUUGUGAAUGAGAAAGAACGGGCGCUUUUCCAGCAGGCCCGGUUCUGGGCGCUGCUAUGGACAACUGAAUUACGCCGUCUUGAAAGCAUUCAUGCUACCCUCGGCAGAGCAGACAACAACGACGAAUCUCUUUUAUCUGCCAGACUGACUAUCGCCAUCGAUCUCAAGUCAGCUGCUCUGAAUGCACACGCAUACGUGGGCUAUGCUACUUGUCGCGCAGAUCAAGCUGGCGACAAACCGGAGAGCAUCGCCCGUAAUGAAAGCGCAGCGAAGGGAGCUGGCGAUCGCGACGACAACAAGUGCGUCGUAACCGGAUGCAAUAAGAUCCAGAUCUGCCACUUCGCCGCCUUCUUUGGCAUCAACCGCCCAACAGCCAUUCAAAAGCUUUGGACUUGCAUGAAAGUCUUCAUAGGCCCACAGGCUUUCAGGGACCUAGAGGUCAAACUUGUCGGGCCCGGCACCAUUAUUGAUACCCCGAGAAAUAUGGUGACUCUCACUAAUAAGCUGCACACCUACAUGAACGACGCAAUCUUUGGUAUGGAGCCAGUCGGGGAAACUUCGCGACCCAAAGCUAAGCUGAACGCAUCUCCCGGAGAGUCCAACGGUCAAGAAAUGCCUACGGGACCAGCCACUGGUGAUAGCCGCACCCAAGGACAUGCUGAGUUGCAGACAGGUGACGUCAACCUUGUUGCCUCCAUGGAGAGUCCGGUUCCAAAAUCCAAACGGCUCAUGGAGAGCAACUUGAAGAGAAAGGCCGAGGCCGAGGCUGAGGCUGAUGCCAACAGGAUUCAGGCGCGAGACGAAGAGAAGAAACCCGACGAGAUGAGGCAAUACGGUCUGGAGAUACGCUGUCACUGGCUACCAAGGACCAAUCUCAGAUGCCCAUUGGACAAGGUCGAAGACUUUGGAGCCGAUCCGAGGGAGAUGAUGGAGGAAUGGUCGGUCGAGAACUAUGAAUUUCAGUCCAACUCAGGACGGCCGCUCAACUCCGGGACGAUCAUAACGAUCUGGGCAGACAAGAAGGCAGAUCUGCCGGAUGUUGGAAUCAUGAAGUUCAUAUUCCAUGCCCUCUGCUUCCACCGCCUCAGUGGAGGCGCCGACACGAGGAUUUACCGCCCGUGGACGCAUUAUGACACAGAUGACUGUGAUAUCACCCGCAGAAGCUUCUUCUAA